UAAUUAUCUGCCCCAUAUUUCUCAGUGGCACGUUCAGUAUUUUUAGCCUUAAAGCGAAAUGGCAUGGGAGAAGAGAAGGGUUGUGCACAAAUUUCUGAUCUUCUGACGCUAUCGUCCUCAGUCGAGAGAGAGAGAGAGAGGAACUCGGAGAAAGCAGCAAGGUAAACUGAGAGGCGAGGCAAACAAGAAAAAGUGUUGCUUGAAACUCUAAACAUCAAGGUGCAUAAAGACAAAAUUGCAAAAUUGUAAGUAUAGGCUACAGAAAUCUUAAACUCAGUCGUUCGUCCACUGGCUCUGGAGAAGCAAUGCUGUCUCUGUGGAUGAUCUCCGUCGCAUGCGUGGGUCUCGGCUCUCUGUGCUCUGGGAAGGGGGGGCUGGAGUUCCCCAGCUUCGACGGGAAGGACCGCGUGCUCAACAUCAACAAGCGGAACUACAAGAAGGCCCUGAAGAAGCAUGACAUGCUCUGCGUGCUCUACCACGAGCCUCUGUCCACCGACAAGGGCCUCCAGAAGCAGUUCCACAUGACCGAGAUGGUCCUGGAGUUAGCUGCCCAGGUUCUGGAGGACCGAGAUAUUGGGUUUGGGCUGGUUGACUCUCGCAAGGAUGCCAAAGUGGCCAGAAAACUAGGACUGGAAGAAGAAGGCAGCAUCUACAUAUUUAAAGAUGAUCGCCUCAUUGAGUUUGACGGAGAACUGUCGGCUGACACUCUGGUGGAGUUCUUGUUGGAUCUCCUGGAAGACCCAGUGGAACUCAUCAGUAACUCCCGGGAGCAGCGAGCCUUUGAGCGGAUGGAGGGCCAUUCCCGCCUCAUUGGCUACUUUAAGGGGGAAGAGUCGGAGCAUUAUAAAGCCUUCCUGGAGGCAGCUGAGCAGUUUCAGCCCUACAUCAAGUUCUUUGCCACUUUUGAUAAAGCGGUUGCCAAGCAUCUGACUCUAAAGAUGAAUGAGAUUGACUUUUAUGAGCCCUUUAUGGAGGAACCAGUCACUAUCCCUGGAAAACCCAACUCUGAGAAUGAGAUUGUAGACUUUGUUCACACACACAGAAGGCCAACUCUGAGAAAGUUGCGCUCUGAUGAUAUGUUUGAGACCUGGGAGGAUGACAUGGAUGGGAUACACAUAGUAGCCUUCGCUGAGGAAGAGGAUCCCGAUGGCUAUGAGUUCCUGGAGAUCCUAAAGGAGGUAGCAAGAGACAACACCAACAAUCCUGACCUGAGCAUCGUAUGGAUUGAUCCUGAUGACUUUCCUCUGCUAACCACAUAUUGGGAGAAGACCUUCAAAGUGGACCUUUUCAGGCCACAGAUUGGUGUGGUGAACGUCACUGAUGCGGACAGUGUGUGGUUGGACAUUGCUAGUGAUGAAGCCUUACCAUCAGCAGAGGCCCUGGAAGACUGGAUAGAGGAUGUGCUCUCUGGGAAGAUCAACACAGAGGAUGAUGACGAUGAAGCAGGACGUGAGGGCGACAAUGAGGAUGAUGAUUACGAAGAAGAGGAUGAUGAGGAUGAGGAUGCUGAUGAUGCAGAUGAUGACAGUGACUGAAUUUCAUUAUAGUUCUUGAAGUGUGAAUCCAUUGUAUACCUUCAAAAGUCUUAUUAUGUCUGGUGUUUUAGUGUAAAGGAAUGUAUUUCAUGCAAAGGGUUAAUCAUUUGAGCAAGGUGUCCAAAAGCAAUAUUCAAAAGCAAUAGGUUUCUUUGGA